GCUACCUUAAAAAACACAAAAGGACAGAUUCACAACACACCUGUGAGCGAAGUCGUAGCAUCGUCGGGACAGAGUCGUGUAGCGUCGGGACAGAAUCGUGUGGAGUCGAGAAAGUUCUUCAAGAUCGCCAGGAACAGGGUCAUACAAUGUGAGGCAGAGCCACAGUAGUGCUUAAACCACCAUCACCAUGUCUUCCGACGCUGACCGAGUCCUGUGCAGCAGUCUAUCUCAUUCUCAGCACCAACCGUUCAAAAACGCCGGCACACACUCGGCCUCCCUCCUCCGUACUCUCAACGAACUGCGUGAGUCAGAAAUCCUAACAGACGUGUCCUUGGUAGCCGAGAACCAGACUUUUCACGUCCACAAGGUCGUCAUGGCGUCCGCUUCGGACUACUUCAGGGCUAUGUUCACUACAGACAUGCGAGAGAAGGGACAACAGAGCAUAGAACUCUACGGUGUCACCGCUAAAGGGCUGAGGUUAGUUAUAGAGUACGUCUACACAUCGGAGGUUCCCCUAGAAGAGGACAACGUCCGGGACGUUCUAGACGCCGCUAGCCACUUACAAGUUCUCCCCUUACUUGAAAAGUGUAAAAACUUCAUGUUGACCAAACUCAGCUCGAACAAUUGUUUAGCGAUGGCUAGACUUGCCGAAGCGAUGAAUUUGGACAAGAUCGAGGCAUCGGCGAGAAAGUACUGCUUGCGUACGUUUGGACUUGUUGUGAAGACAAAGGACUUUCUAGAAUUGCCAAUAGAGAAGUUGCUGCCUCUUCUAGAGAGCGACGAUGUGCUGGGAUGUUCGGAGACUGGACUGUUCUUGGCUGCACUGAAGUGGUUGGAGCACGACCCCUGUCGGCAAGAACAUGCAGCACAGGUGAUGUCCCGGGUGCGGUUCCCCCUCAUGCCGCCAGGGGAUCUGGUCCGGUACGUCCAAAGUCACGCCCUGUUCCAGACGGAUGAGGACUGUAAGGCGCUACUGCUGGAGGCGUCCCGAUACCACAACUCCACACUGAUGCAGCCGGUACUGCAGUCCACACGUACACAGGUCCGGACCAGUCAACCCACCGUGCUGGUUAUAGGUGGGACAAGAAUGCUGUCCAACGGCGGAGUGGACGCGUCCAAAGACGUCCUAUGUCACGACCCAAAGACGAACAAGUGGAACAAGCUGACCGAACUCAGCGGAAAGCGGAGCCACCAUUCCGUAGCCGUGCUCGGGAAUUUCUUGUACGUGGCCGGGGGACAGGAGAGGUGGCCUGGACCGAGAAACGGCAAGAAGAAACCACAGAGCUCAGUUGUAAGGUAUGACCCGGUACAUGACAAGUGGUUCAAAAUCUCAAGUAUGAAUCAAUCUAGGAUGUCUUUCUUUCUCGGUGCUUCGGUGUUCGGUCGUCUGUUCGCCGUCGGAGGCAUCGGGCCCGACGGUCGGGUAGCCUCGGCGGAGUCGUACGAUCCGGAAACUAACGAGUGGUCCUUCGUCAACCCCAUCGGCGAACCUCGAAGCGGACAUGCAGGGGCCGAACUCAGGGGGAAAUUGUACAUCAGUGGAGGAGGCACCGAGUCCAUGGGCGUAGAAAACACCGUUCUAGUCUACGACCCGUCCGACGACGACUGGGCGGACAGAGCCUCCAUGUACGCGCCUCGCGACGGUCACCAGAUGGUGUCUCUACGGGACCGCCUCUUCGUCUUCGGCGGCGUCCACUACAACGGGCACGGACAGCUCAUCCACGUGCACCGAACCGAGUGUUACGAUCCAGACUUAGACCAAUGGACGAACGUUAAGAUGAUGCCGUUUCCGCAGUGUUACGCCGGAGCGGCUGUGGCGAAGCAUCACAUUUUCGUGGUCGGGGGUUUCUCCUGGUUGAAGAGAAAGUGUAGUAAGAGUGUGCAACAGUACGACGCUUUACACGACAACUGGGUGAAGUGUCCUGAUCUUCCGGAGUUCAUGGACGGAGUGGCCUGUGCCACUUUGUUUAUACCGUCCAACAGAAAACCAAGUAGUACCUGGUGAUAUACAUAUUGUAAUGUAAUUAUUAUGGAAAACAUUUCCGAAUCAAGAUAAUAGACUUUGAGAAUUUUAGACCAUGGCAGUCCUCUAAUCUUCUUCAAGAUAACGGAGGACCCUAUGUUAGCAUGGAAGUUCAUCUGUGUUGGUAAAUGGCAGCACGAACUUUAUCAAACCGACUCUUCAAAUAAAAUGGGGCUUACCCAAAUUCCGGAACGCGACGUUAGAGCCAAGUGACUGCAGCAACGGGUCGUAGCUGCCAGAUAACCUGUGUCGCCCCCCGGUCAAUACAGACCCCAAAUCUGACGUGUCCGAGUUUGAACAGUG